GAUAAACAAGUAAAACCUCCUCAUCCAUGUCAUGUGGUUAGCGCUCUCAAACUUUUCGGUGGAUGAUAAUAAGAGACAUUUCCGUUAAAACUUAGUAAUCUUGUUAAGAUCAAUCAUAAAAAUAUUGUAUGUGUGUGUAAUAAAUCUCGUUAAAAGUUUAUAUUACUCGCUCUUUUUUUGCUGUUGAUACAACGUUUGUUAAGAUGGCUAAUACUUUUGGACUUUAUGUUGGAAAUUCUACAGCCAGUAUUGCAAUAUUUAAGGAGGAAAGAAAGGUUGAAGUCUUAGCAAAUGAAGCUGGCGACAGGGUAACACCAACAGUUGUAACCCUUAGUCAUGAAGAAAAGGUUGUUGGUCCUACAUCAGUUUCAUUUUCUAAGGCAUUUUGUACAGUUGCCAAUAACAAAAAGCUACUAGAUACUACAUUGACUCCUGAAGAUUUAGAACUGUGUAUUGAACAGAGCUCCGUCCCAAUCAGCAAAGAGAAUGGCAUUACUUACACAAUAUCUGAAACAGACCAGAAACCACUUUUGUACACUCCAGUGCAAGUAGCUGUUCUUAUAUUUAAAAAGUUGUAUAAUAUAGGUGUUAGUGCUUGUGGUGAGAAGAAUCUUAGUUGUGUCAUUUGCGCUCCUCAUUCUUGGAAUGAUGAUACAAGAGUUGUGUUAAAGGAUGCAGCAGAAGAAGCUGGAUGGAAAGUAUUACAAAUAAUCAAUGAAGCUCCUGCAGCACUUCUUGCUUACCACAUCGGUUUUGAAAAAGUUCCCCAAGAAAUGAAUGUUUUGGUCUAUCGUUUGGGAGGUAUUAGCUGUGAGGCAUCAGUUAUUAAAGUUGAGUCUGGGUUGUAUUCCACACUCAGUUCUUUUGAAAGUCAAACAGGAGGACAAACGAUAGUAACAGCACUAAAAGAUCAUCUUGUAGAAGAAUUUGCCAGGAAAUUUUAUUUAGAUCCAACAGAGAGCCGUAAAUCUAUUUGGAAAUUCCGAGUUGCUGCUCAGUCUAUGUUACAUACACUUUCUACUGUACCAAUGUGUUCCCGUUUCAUUGAAUCUGCUUGUGAAGGAGUUGAUUUUAACGUAAGUGUGUCGGUAGCUCGUUUGAAUUCACUACUCAGUCCACUUCUUCCCGCUUUUUCUCAACCAAUUCACAAAGCAUUGGAAGCAGCAAACUUGAAAGCAUCAGAUAUUUCCAAGAUUAUAUUAAGUGGCGGAUGUCUCAAGAUACCAAAAAUUCGUUCACAUGUCAGUUCAUUUUUUGACUGUGAAGCACUCUGUUCCAUACCACCUGAUGAAGUUUUAGCAUGUGGUGCAGCCGAACAAGCUGGGCUUAUAUGUAAUUUGGGAAUAGCAUUAAAAUCAGCUGAAGAAAUUCCAUUUUUAGCAUCUCCAGUUAUUAUGAAGCUGAAUAAUGAAGAGAUAACACUGGAGAAAAAUGUUAUUCCUAGUUUCAAACAGCUGAAUAUUAGAGCUGAUGAAGAAGUUGUCAAUAUAUCUGUAAACCAAGGUUCAGUUGAAGGAAAAACAAAACUUGAUAUCGAUGUACCUUCAGAAUUAAAAGUCAAUUUAAAAGUGACUUCACAAGGUGAAAUAUUAAUUGAGGCUCUCAACAAAACCUCAAAUGAAAGUAUAAAAGGUUUUAUUGACUUUCAUGUUGACUGAAGAAAAUAUUUGUAAUGUUUUUGCUUUUUGUACAAGAAAUAUGUGUUGUUAGAGGAUAAUUCCAGAAUCUUGUUAAACUUGUAAAGUGUGACAAAGUUAAAGAAACCAGAAUCCGUCUGUAGUUAUCAUUUUUUAUAAGUGUGUUCUAUAACUAAUUUAAGAAAUAAUGUAUUUUAAUUUACUUGAACUUCAAAUUUUAUUGAUAUUUUGUAAUAAAUUGUUAAUAUGAGA